AUGAGCAAGGCCUCCUGGAACUCUGCAGCUGGGAGCUGGUCAGAGCUCCCGGACUGGGCGGGGGGCAGGGCCCCUCUGUGAGGGAUUCGCGGCUCGCCCCCCUCCGGUCCAGGACUGCGCUCUGGGACCUCUGAUCCAUUGUGGUGCUGUCCAGCCCCUCGGCUCACCGCGCUCAGCCUGCUGCUCCGAUGCCGUCCCCAUGAUCCCCAGGCCGGCUGGAGGGCCAGCCGGGCAGAGCGAGCGGCGGAGCGCCCGGCUGCGCUGAGCGAGGAGCGCCUGCUGGGCACUGGUGUUCCUGGGCCCGCGGCGAGAGGCUCCAACCUUCUGAUGGAUCUGGGGCCCCGUUUGCUGCUCUUGCUGUGGACUCCAGUGGUGGCGGUGGCGUUGCUGGCCCAGGAGGGGCUAGGCCAGCGCGUCUACACCAACACCUGGGCCGUGCUUGUCCCAACGGGGCCACAGGAGGCUGACAGGCUGGCCAGGAAGCAUGGAUUCCUCAACCUUGGGCCGAUUGUCGGUGACUACUACCACUUCUGGCACCAUGGGGUGGUGAAACGUUCCCUCUCGCCCCACCGGUCCCGGCACAGCCACUUGGCCAGGGAGCCCCAGGUGCAUUGGCUGGAGCAGCAGGUGGCGAAGCGCAGGACGAAGAGAGACGCCUUCACGGAGCCCACAGACCCCAAGUUCCCGCAGCAGUGGUACCUGUACAACGUGAACCAGCGGGACCUGAACGUGCGGGGGGCCUGGGAGCAGGGCUACACCGGCAGGGGGAUUGUCGUCUCCAUCCUGGACGAUGGCAUUGAGAAGAACCACCCGGACCUAGAGGACAACUACGACCCUGGGGCCAGCUUCGAUGUGAACGACCAGGACCCAGACCCACAGCCUCGCUACACACAGAUGAACGACAACAGACAUGGCACCCGCUGUGCCGGCGAAGUGGCUGCUGUGGCAAACAACGGGAUCUGUGGCGUGGGAGUGGCUUACAACGCCAAGAUCGGAGGUGUGCGCAUGCUGGACGGGGAAGUGACAGAUGCUGUGGAGGCCCGCUCCCUGGGCUUAAACCCCAACCACAUCCACAUCUACAGUGCCAGCUGGGGCCCCGAGGACGAUGGCAAGACAGUGGACGGGCCGGCCCGGCUGGCAGAGGAGGCGUUCUUCCGAGGGGUCAGUCAGGGCCGGGGGGGACUGGGCUCCAUCUUCGUCUGGGCCUCUGGGAACGGGGGCCGCGAACAUGACAGCUGCAACUGCGAUGGCUACACCAACAGCAUCUACACACUGUCCAUCAGCAGCACCACACAGUACGGCAACGUGCCCUGGUACAGCGAGGCCUGCUCCUCCACCCUCGCCACCACCUACAGCAGCGGCAACCAGAACGAGAAGCAGAUUGUGACGACUGACCUGAGGCAGAAGUGCACAGAGUCGCACACGGGGACCUCUGCCUCGGCCCCCCUGGCCGCUGGCAUCAUCGCGCUUACCCUGGAAGCUAAUAAGAACCUGACCUGGCGGGACAUGCAGCACCUGGUGGUGCGGACCUCGAAGCCGGCGCAUCUCAACACCAACGACUGGGCCACCAAUGGCGUGGGCCGCAAAGUCAGCCACUCCUAUGGCUACGGCUUGUUGGAUGCGGGGGCCAUGGUGACCCUGGCCAGGAACUGGACCACGGUGGGACCCCAGAGGAAGUGCAUCAUCGACAUCCUCACUGAGCCAAAAGACAUUGGGAAGCGCCUGGAGGUCCGGAGGAAGGUGGAUGCCUGCUUGGGGAAGGCCAGUUCCAUCAGCAGGCUGGAGCACGUCCAGGCCAGGCUGACGCUCUCCUACAACCGGCGUGGCGACCUGGCCAUCCACCUCACCAGCCCCAUGGGCACCCGCUCCACCCUCCUGGCUCCCAGGCCCCACGACUACUCAGGCGACGGCUUCAACGACUGGGCCUUCAUGACCACGCACUCGUGGGACGAGGACCCCUCCGGCGACUGGGUGCUGGAGAUUGAAAACACUAGCGAAGCCAACAACUACGGCACCCUGACCAAGUUCACUCUGGUUCUGUACGGGACAGCCACAGAGCCCACCAGCCUCUCCAACCGGCUCGAGAGCAGCGGCUGCAAAACCCUCACCUCCAGCCAGACCUGUGUGGUGUGUGAGGAGGGCUUCUACCUGCACCAGAAGAGCUGCCUGAAGCGCUGCCCCCCCGGCUUCGUGCCCAGCCUGCAGAGUGCCCACUACGCUCCGGAGAACAGUGUGGAGCCCAGCCCCCCUCACCUGUGUGUGCCCUGCCACACCUCCUGCGCCACCUGCACGGGGCCCGCGGCCAAUGCCUGCCUCAGCUGCCCGGCUCACUCGCACUUCAACAGCCUGGACCUGACGUGCUCGCACCAGACGCAGAGCAGCCGUGCGUCGCCCGCCCUGGCCAAGGGCCAGCCCGAGGCACCGCCCGCCUCCAAACUGGCCAUCCUGGUGGCCAGCCUCAGCUGCCUCUUCAUCGUCCUCGUUUUCAUCACCGUCUUCCUGGUGCUGCAGCUGCGCUCGGGCUUCAGCCUGCGGGGUGUCAAGGUGUACUCCCUGGACAGCGGACUCAUCUCCUACAAGGGGCUCCCCGCGGACCUGUGGCAGGAGGAGCUGCCUUCCGAGUCGGAGGGCGAGGACUGCGAGGCCCACAGCGAGAGGACUGCCUUCAUCAGAGACCAAAGUGCCCUUUGA